AUGAGCGGAACGAUUGUGUUUAGAAGGGUUCCGUUAUCGGAAAGCCAGGAUUUCAGCUGGGUUUUCCUGGUUGACUGGAUUUUACUAGCAAUCUUGUCACUAGCUGCCGUGUUUUAUUUCGGAAGAGCGUUUGCAUUUUGCAUUACAUUUAUUAUGGAGUGGUUGAUAUGGAAGAGAUACAAGGUCAAAAUCAGCGUCCAGGCGCUUAAAAUAUCGUUUCUUGCCGGUCGCAUAUUCUUUAAAAAUUUAACGAUCACUACUCAGAAUCAAACACUAUCGUUUUUGGACGGAUGCUUUACAUGGAGAUAUUGGCUAAUUAAUCCGCGACUAACUCAGCUGGAAAACUCGGAGAGUGAGACGGAUUCGAUUAAAAACCAGAAAUUACCCUGCAGGCUCAGGUUAGAUUGUAAUGGUUUUGAGCAUUUCAUAUACAAUAAGACUUCUGCGUUUGAAAGCAUUCUGGAAUCGCUUUCCCAGGACGACCGCGAGACGUUUCGUAGGUUCUUCGACGAUACAGACUCGGAAGCUAGUGAGAAAUCGGGUUCCGGUGGUUUCGAUGCAGAUUCGUCGACGCCAAAAAGCCAAUCUGAAACUUCUUCAACCUCCAAUUCGCUAAACGACCGAGAUUUCCAGAAGCCGGACAGCAGACCUUCAUUUUUAGGACUUCUCCCGAUUCAAUUCCAUGUGAAGCGCGGUGCGCUUGUUUUGGGGAAUCUGACAACGCCCUCUGUACUGGUAGCCACUUAUGAUACUGCAACAGGGUUGUUUGACGCAUCUGCUCCUGAUGAAAAGCUAGAUCUCUAUAAAAUGAGGUUGCAAUUUCAUUUUCGGAAUUACAGAGCUUCUUUAUUGCCAAAUAUUCCCUCGAACGGUGAUGAUCACCGGAAAUCGGUAUUCACGUCCAGUCAACUUCAAACGCUCUCGAAUAUGGUCAAAGACUCAAUCUUAUCGAGGUCUUUCCCAAGGAAAAGACUAGAUCAGGAGCAAAACAAUGCAAAAUUCGUGGAACACUGGAGUGGACUAGGACUUUAUCAUAAGAGCAGCGAUAGUGCAUGGAACGACGAGUUCCAAUUCGACGUUUCCAAACAUGAUUAUGCAAAAUAUACCAAGAUUUUGAAAUGUGACGAAAUGAUUAUGUCGUAUUCUUUGGAUAUGCCUGGAGUCGUCCCACAUGGAGCUUUAAGGACUGAACCCCAAUUAGAUGGGCCCGAUGUGGGUAACAAUGGAGCACCUCCUGAUUACUCUUUAGAUUUUCAAAUAUUUGGCGCUACAGUUUAUUAUGGUCCUUGGGCUCACCACCAAAUUCUGCCCUUACAAAGAAUUCUCUCCCCAGUUUUGUCUAGAGAUGGAAUUCCAAUUAAAAAGUUACUUCCCGGGGCAAGACGUAUCCAUACAAGGUUCAGAAUUACCCUUCAAAUAAUGAGCGACUCAGUAUGGAGAGUUCCCACACGAGAACCCAGUAAAGAUUUGGAAUUUUUAAAGCGCUACAAAGAGACAGAGGACGAGACUAGGCCAUUUGGUUGGCUCGAUGUCACUGUCAAUAAGGCCUCAGAGAUUUGCCUUAAUAUUGCCAUGUGCCCAACCACCUCGGGAUAUUCUAACUUUUUCACCAUUAACCUUCAUGAGCCCGAGCUGCGUACUAGUGUUAACCACGAUAUUCUUCUCUCUGCCAAGUCUCAAGAAAUAAGAGGUCAAGUGGGAUAUCCUUUGGGCUGGAAUGCGCAGGCAACCUGGGUUUUUGAUUUCUCCUCCCAUCAGGCGCAAAUAUUUUUAUUGCGGGAUCAUAUAACGCUUCUGAGCGAUAUGAUGUCUGAUUUUUCAUCAGGCCAAUCGACGCCUUACGAACUUUUCAGGCCUUUCGUUUAUGAGCUGAAUUGGAAGCUUAAUGGGUACUCUCUAUACCUGAACGUUAACGAUGGCAAUAUCGUUAACAACCCCCUUGAUUUCAGUGAGAACUGCUACCUUUCCCUUCACGGCGACGACAUGGAAGUUAGCUUAUCAAUACCUAUGGAAACGAUCUCACAAAGUUCGACUGAAAUCAGCUUCGAACUAUUCACUUCUUUAUUUCGCUUACAGCUCAACACCCCCUCUUGGAACACGUUGAAUGAAUUCAUGACAGCAAAGGAAGUCGGCAUUUCUCAUGACUUCAAAAUGACGGGAAGCUAUCUUUUCUAUUCCAAAUUGGACGUCGAUAACAUAGAUACCAUCAUCAUCGAUUGCCACAGCAAAUACACCAUUUUGCAAUGCUACGGAUUUGUGAUCAGGUAUUUAAUUGGUGUCAAGAUGAACUACUUCGGGGAUUUCAUUCACUUUAAAACGACUGAAGAGUACAUGGAAGAGUUUCGCGGCGCAGAUAUCAAUCCUACUGAUAAAGGUGGCCUUGAGAACAAAAUUCUCAAUUCCUGGACCGGUGAUGCAGAAGAAAGAACAACGCGCAAUGAUGCCGAGCCACAACUUAGCCGGUCUUCUCUGAAAAGAAUUGUCAACGAAAAAGAUGUUUGGUUCACUUUUAUUGUGGAUGACGGUUGUCUGGUUCUUCCAAGUAACCUUUAUAGCUCUACCACAUGCUUUGGACUUCAUUUUGAUAUUCUUGAAAUUGAUGUGAGAUAUGUGAACUACUAUAUGGAUCUCCAGGCAGCGCUAUCACCAACGCGUAUUAAGUUUCAUCCAGCGAUGGGCUCCCUUUUUGAGUUAUCGGACCAAAUAAGGAAAUCUUCAAUCACCAAUUUCGAGGGCAGAAUAUCGGAUCUGCAUAUCCACGGACAUAGAUUGUUUGGACUUCCCUCAGAUGAGGAAACCUAUUUUUGCAAAUGGGAUUUUCGAAUGGGUACUCUAUCUGUUUCUUCUGAUAUUUCCUUUCUGACAAACCUGGCAAGUGCCUUCCGAAAGCUGGCCUUUGGGUACAAGGAUUUCGAAAAUACAAUAUCUUAUUCUCUUGAAUUAAUAACUGACAUGACCUCUGUUACAUUCUAUGCGGACAAAGCAGUGUUCAAAAUUAACGAACUGGAAACAGAGACAUGCACUGUUAUUGAGAUGGCGAAGCUCAAAUUAAGUUUGAUAGACUUCGAGAAUGUCUCUUACUCAAAAAGAACGGAAUUUCAUAUCCCAUCUCUCAAGCUGUCUGUCUUGAAACAAAAUGGCGAUAAGGUUUUGGCUCAGUGCUUUACAUCUAUUUUGGCUACCAAUUUCGACCAAUACAAAAAUCGCACUACACAACGGGAACUUCAACAAAGCCAUCUCACAAGAAAUGAUGCACCAUUCCAUAGAUGCCCAUUCCUUCUUCCACCAAUGGUUCAAGAUAGCUUUACCUAUAAAGAGCUGUUCGGAGCAAUUCCUCCUGGUAUGUCGAUUCCGCCUCUCGUGAAGCCCAUCACCCCAACAAACGUCGACGAGGUUCUUGAUGCUUUUUCGAAGACAGAUCCGUUCCUUGGGGAGUAUCUGCAAAAUGAAAUGAAUUCGAAGUCUUUUUUGCAACAGAGUUCGGAAGGCAAGGCGACCAGUUUUGCAGAACACGAUCAGGUUGGAUGGUAUUUGGAGCCUAAAGAUACCUGCCAGUGUGAUAAUAUUAUUUUGAACCUUGGGAAAACGAUUUUGGCCAUUCAGCCCGAUUUCACGACGGUUCUUCAAAAACUAGGAGACCGUAUGUAUCGGGAUGCGGUAGAUGAUUUAAUUGACCGUUGCGAGCUUGAUGUUGUGAUAAAAUUCAUGAGAACCAUGCAAGAACUCAACUCAACAAAAAAGAUGCGUGCAGUCUGCGAGAGCUUUCAAGUUAUUUACGGCGAAAUCAUAAAUCUGGAUGAUAUGUCAUUCAUCGAUCAUCUUCAGAUUACGGUUGAAAACCUUGAUGCCAGCUUUUCUGUGGAUAUGAAAGUAGAUCCAACGACCGGUCCUAGUACCACCGCAGCAAGUUAUCUCAUUAGAGCUGGAACUAUUUCAACUACUUUUUUCCAAAAAAGCCUGGCUACCGAAUGUCCACCCAUAUUAGCGGCAGCAGCUGAGGAGAUUGAAGUUUGGACCGAAGAAAUUUCCGGAACAAGAAAGCUAUCCACCUCAGCGAAAGGCCUCGAUAUGAGCGUCAAUCCUGAUGAAUUGAAAUGGUUGACUGAAUUUACAAUGGAUCUUUUCGCCAAAGUGACUAAUACUUAUGAAGUCUUUUCCCUUUAUUCUAAAAGUCUUGAAAAUGCCAAAAGGCAGCUUUUUUAUCGAAUCGCAUUGGCCAGCGAUGAAUAUCAGAUCACUCAUGAUCCUCCUGUACUCACAAAACCUGCUUACAUUAUGAGAUUAUCUUCACACCAUGUGCGGGAAAACAGAAGUUGGCGAAUUGUGACAAGAGUUCGACACAUAUUGAAUUAUCUGCCGCAUGAAUGGUCGGUGAACUGCCUGGAUAAACUACGAAAAAAAGACUUCCAGACACCUCUCGAUGCUGGGAGUAUUUUCCUCAAAGUUUUCUCGAGCUGGCGAAGUUGGGAGUUCUCUGAUGUCGAAAAAUGUUACAUCUAUAAGACAACAUUUUUACCUGACUUACUUCACAGCCCAAAGGAGCUAUCGGAAGAGUACUUCAAGUUGAUUCUCAAUACUGUGGCUUUCAAUAUUUCGAAAACUCCCCACGUCGAGGGAGACUCCGUAGUAAUCAAAGGUUUGAGGGUUCUCCAAAAGCACCAAGCUGUUUCUGAAGGAGUAGGAAAAGACUCGUCGAAGAAACGAAGUGACAAACAUCUCUUUGAAAAGAAUGUUGCGUGCAAUUUAAAGUCAAUCAAAGGUUCUGUGGGCGAAUCGUUUCUCAUGCUUGGCAAUAAUGUCGCGCAGCUUGUUAGAAAAUUUUCAUCCCCUACUGUUCCGUCACCUUCAAAGUUGAAACUUCAUCAUUUGACUUGCCUGUGCGAUCGACUCGACAUCCAGGUAUACAUUGACAAAUCGAGACUGGCACUUAAAUCCUUUUCUAACUCAAUCACAUUUUUGACUGCCAGAUCACACAUAUCCUCGAAGCCUCUAUGCUCGGCCUCAUGUGGUUGGGCUAGGUCUGAGACAAGUUUACGUUAUGAAAACUCAGUAGUCCUUGAGCACUUCAUGAGAAAUGGGAUUGUAGGGUUUUCAUCAAUGUCUAAGGAAGAAAAAUGCAUCUUUCGUUUAGACAUCAGUUCACAAAAGUCGCGCUUAAAGUCUUCCAGUGAUUCGGCUAAAAUAAUCUCGUUCUUUGAUAACCUUCAGGCAUCUUAUGAGAGAUUAUCGGAAGCUCUGCUCUGCAAUCAAGCUGAAAAUAUUGGGGAAAAGCCUUCAUUAGAUGUCUUGGGUAUGUUCGAUGAUUAUGAUUGCUCAGUAAGAUUCAGAGUCUCAGAACAUUCAUCAGAAUUAAGAUUUACUUCACCUCUCAUUAUUGCUUAUCACGUAAAGGAAAUCGACUUUCUGCUAGACAAGGCCGAUAUGGCUGAAGCCACAUUUUCUCUGAAAGGACUAGACUCUGAAAUCCGCAGUAAAAUCGCUGGAAUACGCUAUUUUAAGUAUUCACAAUCGGAGAUUGAAACAAAGGCCACUGUGAUCAGAAAAGGUGCUACGUGUUUCGAUGUCGCGUUCAAAAUUUUCUCCAAGUUAGCAAAGCUAAAGACUUUUGAUCCUCGCGAGUUGCUUCUGACGUUUAUGCGCGAUCUCGAAUCAGCGAAGGAUCACAUUGCGCAAAUGAAGGAGAGUAUAUUAAGUGUCUUUGGUGAAAAAACUCAAUCAAAGACGCCUUCUUUGGAUGUCGAUCUUCGAUGGUCUCUACAGCUUGACUUUACCUAUUUUGGAAUACUUUUUCCGUUAGCACGAACCAAUUAUGUCCUUGAGAUCAACACAUUGAACUCGAAUUUAUUUGAACGACGGUUAAACCACGAGCGCAAGAUGCAAUUGCUACAUGACGUCCUAGGCAAUUGCUCCGCAGAAAGCAUUGCCCUUUUGAUUGAUGAUACCACGGUGAAAAGCCAUUUAUCCAAAGUUUUGGAUUUCGCUUUGAAAGUCGCCGUGUCAAGAGAAACUCACCACAAGCUCAAAUCGAUUCAAGUCGAAAGCUCUCAUUUUCGUGUUUGUCUGUGCCCGUUCUCUACAAUCAAGCUCAUAUGGCUCGUACAGGAGUUUUUGCGGUUAAAAGAGAUCCUUGCAUCGGCGCGUGCGGUAUCACAACAAAUCGACGAUGAAACGCCUCUGUUCCCAGAGUUUUCUUCCAUUCUACAUUCCAUUCAUCUGCUCUCAUACAACUUUUGUUUUGGUUGGCUUUUUGACGGCAACGACUGCGAAGACCCCGGACUAAUAUAUGGAUUCCAGCGCCUAUUUGCUGCAUACGAAAGCCCUUUCGGAAAAUUGACCGUCUUGGAAGCAUACCUUUCCUUGGCGCGUGGCCACACAUCUUCCACCUUCUUCUCUCAAAAGAGCGAAAGAGAUCAAAUUAACAGGAGUUACCUACCCAGUGUACAAGCUGGCUACUGGUUUGUUACUCGUAACAAUCACAAUGACCUUUUCAUACGCAUCAAUGGCGAGCGCUUGGAUGUCAAUUUCCUCUCCAGUUCGAUUGGUGUUUGCAAAGGAAUUAUAAAAUCUCUGCAUACUUUUCAGGAAUUGAAGAAAUCUCUUGAGCCACCAUCAAAUAUUCAAAACGCCUUCAAACGCGCAGCAGGCCGUCCAAUUGGAAAGCAGUACUCGUUCUUGCGCCAAGCGCGUCGAGUAAACUGUAAGAUACAUUACGCCGGGGGAAUAUUUAAGCUUUAUUCACUGCAUGACUAUGAAAAUGGCCUAACGCCUUGCCUUGAACUCGAAAGUCCGUCGGUGCAUGUGUCCCUCGAUUACGAAAAUUUUAGGCAUGAACUGAAAAACCACUGGCUGAGAGGCAUGAUUCAAGUCGAGCCCUCGCACAACAAAGUAUAUCCAUUCUGUGUUCCAGUUCUCAGUGAAAUGGCGCGUGAUUUGCGUCACAUACUGAAAACAAUUAACCUCGACCAGAGCAACGGCGUCAUGCCAGGAUCGGAAAGCGUCAUUAAUUAUAAGACCAUGUUGCAAUCUUUUGAUAUCGCUAUCAUUUUUGAUGUUGGGAAGCAAAAAAUAAGUUUGAGUUGCGAACCAAAAGCCAAAAUUCAGGCAGAUGUUGGGUUUGAGCAGUUAGAUCUAAAACUAUUCACCAAUAAUCUGGCCGAGUCGGAGCCCUUAAGUUUAUGUUUGGACAUUUACAAGCUGAAAGCGUCUUCACGGCAUGUUUUUUCAAGAGAGGUAAGCACGUCUUUUACCUUGGAUAGUGUUAGUGCUGUUGUUAUCCUGACUCACCCAGAUGUCAUUCACACGUAUGGGUUUACUCAUAUACCAAGCGUCGAAAUUUAUUUCAAUUACAAGCAGCUACAGGAUGUGGACCUUUUCCUUAACAUUUGGAAGGUUGGUAGUCACAUAUACUCAGAGCCUGAAUUGAGGGAGAAGAGCUCGCGAAACUCUAUCAAACUGGAUCAACCUUUUGUGUUCAAAUCGAAGGCCAUCAAUGGGAACCAGGCUAUUCCAUGGAACUACGUCCUCGUCGUUAGCUCUUUCAAAGGCGACAUAGAUUUGGGCCCCUCACUCGGUCUAAUGAGUCUAAGAGGAGUCCGCUUCUGGGCAGUCACCGAUCAUUACAAAAACUGGACCCAACAACUUUCCAUCAACCUCGAAACUAUUAAAUUAUUAUCAGAUGGUCGUCUUGGCGGCGAAGUGUUAUUGCAGGAUCUCUCCUGGGCUUCUCAGUUGUCAUGGCCGGUCUUUGAUGGGGAAUUUCAAAGUCCUUUGGUUGAUCUUUCCUUGAACUUAGUGAGAUUUGCUAUAAAGAUGUCAUUUGAUUAUCACCUCAUCCUAAUCUCGUCAGUCGACACUCUGAAAGCCAGACUAUUCAAUGAAAGAGACGAGAUGGGUGUUUUGAAGGACCUUCUCACUGUUGCGUUGUCCUGCACUAGCGUCCAAAUAUUUUUCACUGCUUUAGCGCCGGCCAACGUCUUGGACAUCUUCAACACAAUCAAAAGGAUGCGUCAAGAUAAUCGCAAGUCUUAUCUCGAAACCUUACGGGAAUCGAACACCAAAGAAAGUGCUGAUGCAAGUCAAGCAAAGUUUGGUCUUUCAAGCUUUUUACGGACGGACAUGACAGUGAAUUUGAAAUUCAUUCAUGUUCAGAUAUUUCCUAGCACACUUUUUGACAUAGAAGUGUUGAUUUUCCGCGCCAAAGAUAUCUUUACACACACGGAAAUAGAAGCUCAAACCAAAGUCCGGACUCAAUUAACUUGGCAAGUGAAUGACGCCAAAAUAUCGCUGUCGACUUACAAAAACCAAUUAAAUGAAGAUAUCUCCGCAACGAUAGACGUUGACAGCUAUAUUCAGCAUGCUUCUCGCGUUCAUGGAGGAACUCUAUUAGUGACGCCAACUAUUCUGAUAGGAAUGACGACGUGGCAUGACGUCGAGACGAAUAUCGUGGAAUAUUUAUACUCAAACAGCUUUGGCGGGAAAAUACGAGUAAGAUGGAAUCUGGGGUCCAUCAACUUCAUCAGAGAAAUGUGGGCCACUCAUGUACGGGCGUUAGCUCUCAGACGAGCACACGUUAACCAUGAGAAGAGCUUCUUUGAAGACGAGAACUUAGAAGAUAAAUUGAAAGAUUUCGAUCUCGGUGAUAAGUAUGUUUACGUCCCCAUUGAAGAACCUCAUAUCGAAAUCCCACAGAUUAAGGAUCUGGGCGAUGCCACCCCACCAGUUGAGUGGUUUGGAGUGAACCGCCGACGGUUCCCCGGAAUAACUCAUCAGACCAUCAUUGUUCCCUUACAAAAGUCUGCUCAUCUAGCCGAAAAGGAAUGGGCUCGCGUUAUAGGGAAUGCUUGA